AUGUUUUUCCUAACGACAUGCGUCCUAGCCAUCGCCUCAGGCACUACUUUCGCUAGGGCAGGUCCUCUAUCAAGACCGGCCAAAUUCGACUGGUCAUCAACCAAGGCUCUAAUCGCCUUCGGUGACUCCUACACCUACGUCCAGGGAACCCUCGGACACCAAAAUUUCAGUUUCAUUGGAGACCAAUUCAGCCUCGCCUAUGAUGCCGAAACUCUGCUUUCUAACAAGAUAGUCCAAAAUCAAACCGCAACUGCAGAAGGCGGCCCCAACUGGGUCGAAUAUCUCACAAAUUGCGGCGUCCACGAAGGCCUCACCUCACCCCAAAACUGCAAAAAGCAACUCUGGGACUUUGCAUUUGCAGGCGCCGACAUAUCAACCGAAUACACACCCCUUCACCACAACUUCACAGUCUCCCUAGUGGACCAAAUAAACCAAUUCAAGCAAUAUGGCCACCCAGCUCUCCAACAAAAGCUACCAGGCUUCAACAAAGACAAAACCCUAAUAGCCCUGUGGAUCGGCAUCAACGACAUAAGCGAUAGCGCCAAAUACGCCGUCGACUUCCCAACCUUCUACAAAGACCUCACAGACACACUCUUCACGUCUGUAGAGACACUCUACAGCCUGGGCUACAGAAGCUAUCUGUUUAUGAACCUGCCGCCGCUAGACCGCACGCCAGGGAACCAAGCAAAGAGUAACCCAAGUCCGAACGCCACACAGGUCGGGUGGUACAAUUCCGCGCUGGCAGAUCAUGCGGCUGCAUUUGCGGAAAAGCAUAAGGAGGCGCGGGUUAUGCUUUUUGAUGCGCAUGCGAGACUGGCGGCUAUGCUUGAUGAGCCUCACAAGUAUGGCAUCGUGAAUACGACGAACUUCUGUGCUGGGUAUGAUCAGCCGGAUAUUGCGGUUGAGUAUGAGAAGUAUGGGUGUCCGACGUCGUUGGAGCGCUAUUUCUGGUUUAAUUCGGGUCAUAUGACUAGCCAUGUGCAUGAGGUUUUGGCAGGGGAGGUGCAAAGGUGGUUGCAGAGAUAG